AUGAUAAUGAAUUCAUAUGAACAACAUAAAUGGGGAGUUAACAAAAUGAACGAAUUAAAAGAAAAUUACAAAGAAAAAUACAGUAUAGGAAGACAUUUAAAAUUCAAAAAUAAUAUAAGAUAUAUAAAUACAAUAAAAGGAUAUAAAAGUGUAUCGUAUAUAUUUUUAUUUUUUAUAUUUACUCUUUUUUCAGUAAAAUAUUUAUUUUUUUUUGUAAUUUUUUUCCUAUUUUAUAAAUAUGUAUUAUAUUAUCUAGUUUUUUUUUUAUACAAACAAAAUUUGAAAAUAUUUAAUGUUGUAUUAAAACAAUUAUCUAUAUGUGAAUAUGAAAAUGUAGUAACAUUAGAUCAAAAUAAUAUAAUUAUUGAUGAAAUUUAUUCUAAAAUAUAUAAAAUAAUAAAUUCUAUACUUUACAUACAUUUUUUUUUCAUGAAAAAUCCAUUUUCUUAUUUUUUCCAUUAUUGUUCUUUACCAGUUGAUCAAUUAAGUCUAAGUUGCAAAGACAAAAAUAAAAAACUAAAUAAAUCUAUAGGAAAUAAUUUAAAACGUUUAUAUCUUUUGAAAGAUAUAUAUUUUAAUAUAUAUAUUAUGCUUUUUCAACUGAAAAGAAAAAAGUCUAAUUCAUGGGAAGAAAAUGAAAAAGAAAAUGAAAAUAACAUAAAAGAAAAAGUUUAUAAAAACAUUAGACAAAUAUUCAAAGUUAAAUAUAAAAAUGAUUACAAAAUGAUGAAACAAAAUAGUAGCGAUUAUAUAUAUAUAUUUUUUAUAUAUACACAAAAAAUUAUUUUUAUAAUAAUAAAGCGUGUAUUUUGUUCUCUUCACUUGUUUAUUUUUUCAGUUGUAUUUAUAUGGUAUUUAUUAAAAAGUUAUUUAUUUUUAUUAUUCUACAAAAAUGUUAUUAAAAAAUAUAAUAAAUUAAUUUGCUUACAAAAUAAUGAGUAUAUUGGAUCGCUAAGCAUUUCAAAAACAAAUAAAGAAAUAAUAGCAUUGUUAAUUGACUCUUUAAUAUUAUUAAAAAAUGACAUACAAAAUGGAGAGCAAACAAAUAUAAUUUAUGAAUCGGUGCAUAAAAAAUUAUAUGACUCCAUAAAUUUAAUCAAAACCGCCAAAAAGGUAAUGGAAAAUGAGAUGAAGAAAAGAAAGGAAGUUAAAUCACAAAAAAUAGAGGAAAUAACUGAGAAUACGCUAAUUAAGGAAAAUGUUGAUAAGCAAAACCCCGAAUUGAAUAAUUCAUCAUUUAUAACAAACAACGAAGUUUACAAAACAGAUGAUAUGCCUUAUUAUCAUAUAUAUUAUUGCGUAAAUAAAGAAUUUGAAACAAAAAAUUCAUAUAUAAAUAAAGAAAAUGUGAAAAAUAAAUCAACACAUUUUAAUGAAUAUAAUGAAAAACCUACAAAUAAUACUGAUCCAUCAAAUAUACAAAAUCAGCAUGAACAUGUUAUUACUUAUAAAAAUUAUUUAGAUGAAAAAUAUAAUGAAAAAUAUAAUGAGAAUUAUAAAUUAAUGUGUGUACAAAAUAUGGUUAAUGAAUUAAAAGAUAAAUAUAAAAAACAAAAAAAUAAAAAAUAUAUAUAUGUGAAAAAAAAAUUAUACUAUGAUGAUAAAUGUAACGAUUUCUCCAUAAAACAUAUAUCAUCAAAUGGUUCCAUCUUAAUAAACAAAAAAAAUAUUCAUGUAAAAAAUAAAGAUUACAAUAAAUAUGAUAUGAAUAUAUACACUAAUACUAAAUAUACUAUACCAAACAAUACGGAAAAUAUAUAUAAGUUCGGAAAUAAAAAUAAUGACAAUGAUGAAAAUUCAAAUCACAAUUUGCUAAUUCCCAUAAAGGAUCCUAAAGCUUUUCGGAAAAAAAUUACAAUGUCACUAAAACAACGAGGUGGCAAUCUCGGAAGUUAA